CCUUGCCUCCAAGAAUUUCUAAAAGAGGAAGUACCGGUCACAUGAUUACUCUGAAUUCACUUUCGCCCGAAAAUUGCUAUUUUCCGUGGACUUUGGUUCAAGACUUUCCGUACAUGACCGCUGUAGUCAUUUUGGAAUGAUGUGGCAUCCAAGCAGAUUUCUAAUCCGUAAUUUGUAAGGUCAAUUAAAGUUUAAACAAGAGGUUUCUUCCAUUUAUACGUUAUCAUUGGUUACAGUUUUUUCAACUAAAUGUUUAAAAGAGAGAGAGAGAAUAAUCAGCAUAGUUCAUAUUUAUUAAGAAAUAUGGCAGCUCGCAGAAAACCAACAGACCCUGAUUACACUGUCCAGGCUCAGCCCAAGGUUGAAAAGCUCGAGGAGCAGAAAAGAAGUGUUCAAAAAUCAUCAUCAUGGUUUCUUUCAAUCAUGAAAAUCAUUGUUGCAUCAUUCAUAUCUGUUGGCUUUCUAGCCACGUUAGUAGUUAGCAAGUUGGCCAUAGUUGGCAUUGGACAGCAAUUCAAUACUACAUGUAAGCUUUUACCAGAUAAGUGCAUUCGUGGCCAUCGCAAUGAAGCACCAUAUAUCAUAAUGGUUCUGGUGAUGAUGGUGCCCCAGUUUCUUACAUUUGUCACUGCACUUGCUUCAUCAGCAUUUCGUACUAAUGAACCAUGGCCAACCAAAACAGCAGCAAUUGGGGGAAUCAUUGGUGCUGUAGCAGAGGUGACAGGUCUCUGUUUGUUUACAUUGGUAAUCGCAACCGAAGAAUGCAUUGCCAGCAGAGUCAUCAUCUACAUGAAUGGGAUAUACUUGUUGCCAACUGGUUGGCAACUGCUGAAGCAAGUUAGGAAGCGCUGCUCCAACCAAAAAGCAAAUGGACAUGAUGAUUAUCAUGCAUUCGGAGAGUACCAACAAAAUGAUGAUGAUGAUGAAAAUGGUCUUCUAUCAUGGAAGCAUACUGCAGGUUUGGUUCUCUCUCUCCUUUUUGCAAUUGGUGGGCUUGCAUAUGCGGUUUAUUCAAAGAUCCAAGAACCAGAUACAGAAAAUUUGGGACUAUUUAGGCGCACGGCUCCCAUUAUUAUGUUUAUGGUCCUGCUUUCCUUUGCUUGGUGUCCGAAGAUACGGAAGCUUCAAAUUCGCGCCAAAGGAAAUGCUGAGGUAUACGAUGAAGACAUAUUUGAAGAUGACGACAGACAUCUAUAUGACUGGCAAAGGAUACGCGUCAAAACUGCCCGCGAGCGAAUGACUGUUAUCACGUCACUGGUGAAGCUUUGUCUUACGCCGUUUAUGGCCGCCGCUUUUGCCAAGGCUUUCGAGCUCAAUGUACAUUUCAAAGACCUUAAGUCUGGAUUCGAGGAACUCAAUGAAGACAGAUAUCUGCUGGCCAUGCUUGUCGCUCAAGUCGUUUGCAGUUUCUUUGCCAAAGUAUUUGCUUACUUAGCAUGUACCUUGGGUCUGCAGAAACUCUGCUUCGCGUCACCGCUGAUUAUAUCAACACCCCUGAGCAUCAUUUUGGUCGCCACCAAAGGCUGCAAUGCCCUGGGCCUCUGUAAUUGUCAAACGAACUUGGGUAACGUAUUACAGAUUGUCAUACUUGCUGGUUUGUUGUGGCUGGCACAGAUAUUCUCGACGGUGAUUUACAUUUGGCAAUCGCAGCAGUUCCAAAUGGCCAAAGAGGACACAUUGUUCUGGCUCCCUGGUUAUGACGGUGUACUUACCGAGCAAAGCCUCAUUUUGAACAGGAAGAACGAGGCUACCGAUGACUAUUACGUCAGUUACAGACAGCUCGUCAAGGACAGUACAAUUUACAUAUGCACGACGAUGUACCACGAGGCUGAUUUUGAGAUGGAGCAGCUUCUUCACUCUAUUGCUGGAGUAGAUGCUGCUCGAAAAGAAUCAAAAAGACAAUUUGAGUCUCAUAUUUUCCUUGAUGACGGCGUUCGUGGUAGGGCGAUAAAGACGUAUGCUCUACAACUGAUCUCGUUAUUCCCAAAGACACUUGGUGUUGAAAUUAAAAAUGUUGGAAACAAGUACGAGACUCCUUAUGGGAUGCAACUGAGAUGGAGGCUGUCUAGCGGCAUGCCGUUUGUUCUUCAUUUAAAAGACAACGAAAAGGUGAAGAACAAAAAGCGAUGGAGUCAAGUCAUGUACAUGUCCUAUGUCUUGGAUUUCAAAAGACCGAAAAGGGACAGACUAGAUGACUUGACCUACAUCCUAACGACGGAUGCCGAUGUGAAGUUCAGCCCUGAUGACGUAUCUGCUUUGAUGGAUUUGAUGAUCCGCAAUCCGCGUGUAGGGGCUGUUUGCGGCCGUACUCGGCCCAUGGGGGCUGGACCUCUAGUAUGGUACCAGAUAUUCGACUAUGCUGUUGGACAUUGGUUUCUGAAGGUUGCAAACCAUGUUUUUGGCUCUGUAUUGUGUUCACCUGGGUGCUUUAGUGUUUACCGCGCAACAGCUUUACGCGAUGUGCUGCCUUUGUACUCAACUGGAAUUGAUAGUGCAAUGGAUUUUCUUACUAAGGAUAUGGGUGAAGAUCGUUGGCUUUGCACAUUGAUGGUAGAAGCCGGGUGGCGUCUUGAGUACUGCGCGGCGGCAGAAAACAGUACCUACUGCCCAGAUAACUUUGAAGAGUUUUUUAAGCAACGCCGGAGAUGGGGACCUUCUACUAUUGCCAACCAGGCAUUGCUUAUCAACCAACAAUUGAAAGUCAGGGAAAACAAUGAUGAGAUAAAUUUCUUGUUUAUCCUGUACCAGAUUGUUCUUAUGGUAUCUACUGUUAUUGGGCCGGCAACUGUCAUUCUGAUCGUUGGAGGUGGCCUAACGUAUUCCUACACAUCCCUGGAUUACACCGGUGUGUUUGUAACGCUGUUUCUUAUUGUUGCUGUCUACAUCAUUAUCUGUCUAAAGACGAAACAGGAAACACAACUGAAGUUUGCGAAGCUGCUCACAUUUUUUUUCGCUGUUAUCAUGUCCAUUGCCUUAGUUGGCAUUAUUUUAAAGACUGUCAAAGAUGUUGACAAUUACACUCGAGUUGGACAAGCAAUUUCAAAUACGACCACUGAGAAACCACCUACAAAAGAACUUUUAUUGUUGUCUCCGACCACUUGGUAUCUGUUUGCAAUGAUUGCUUUCUUUUUCCUGACCUCCCUUCUCCAUGGCUUCGAAUUUAUGGCACUGGUCCAUGGCAUAUGGUAUCUGCUUUGCUUGCCUUCUGGAUAUUUGCUGCUCACGAUAUACUCAGUGGCCAAUCUGACUGACAGAUCUUGGGGUACCCGAGAAGCGAAAGUUGUAUCAACAGAAUCAAGCAACUGGACAAAGACGGCUAUCGAUUAUUUUAAGCAUUUAUGUUGGUGCUGCAUUCCGCCAUCGAUGAGACCCAAACCUCAGCCUGAGCAGGUUGAGACUAUAGUGGUCGAAGAUGGUCCCGAACAAGAGCAAGGAUCACAAGAAACGGUGGAUGGUGAAUCGAAUGAUGGCUGGGACAGUGAUAGUGAGUACCCGAAACCGGAUUCGUUGGACACCACAGACGGUGCAUACGUUGAAGAAGAGACUGAUCAUUACCCUGUGCUCCCAGAUCCACCCACUAAAUCGGCUUUAAGGAGAGUAGGAACAAGAAUGAGGAAACAGGUCAGCGUAGAAGAAACUGAUGGUUUCAGAUUUCCAGGGCAAAGCAGUGGAGUACGAUUUGCGGCCAGAAUGCCUCGUUUGCAUUCCUCCAUUUCUAUAGAGGAAUGGCUUCCAAGUGGUGACUACCAGAACUACGUUCGGUUGUUCAAAGAAAAUGGUUAUGAUAAUGUUAGUUUUCUUCAAGGAAUCAAAGACAAGGAUUUAAUAAAUGUCAUUGGGAUACAAAAUCGUGGUCAUCGAAACAUGAUAAUGAACUUGAUUAAAAGUUUACCGCCAGAGGAAAUUGAAGAGGAAGUUCCCGAGGAUGUCGAAGAAUGGCUGGCGAAGUUAGGUCUUGAUGACUACUGGGAAAACUUCAAGACUAGCUCUUAUACGCAAUCGCGGGAACUCGCAGAUGUGAAAUACAUGGACAGAAAAACACUGCAGGAAACUUUUCAUAUCCACAAAGAGGGACAUCUUCGGAAACUUAUGAAUGCUGUUAGCAAACUGCAGUAUCCAAGUAAAGCACAAUUGCUAAUUCGAGCAGCAAGAAAAGAAAUUGAUCAAACACGAUGUGACAAAUUGGAGAGUGAGGGCAAUGGUGAAGAGAAUGCAUUCUGGUCUUGUCUGAGGGAUAUCUGCUUGCUUCCGGAACAAGCUGCAUUCAACCAGAGUCAAGAGCUCAAGGAAAAACUUUCAGAGCUGCGAGAUGUUUCUCUGGGCGUGUUAAUUGUUGGCAAUGCUUUGUGGCUCACAUUCAUGUUGACUGUAAUGAGCCAAGGCCCGGCUUUGCAGCUUAUGGGUGCCGACUUCGCCAGUGUCGCUUUUUUGUUUGUUUACUUCUUGGUAUUACUGGCUCAAGUGAUUGCAAUGGUUUUGCAUCGAGGUGAAACUUGCGUGCAUUUAAUGGCAAGAACUCCGUUUAGGCCGGGUAAAUUUAUUCGCAACUGGUCAUUCAAUGACGAGGAAGUGCCCGAAGUUGAUCCGGAACAUCUUAAUGAAAUCCGGAGAAAAAUAAGACGCCGAAGCACAUCACCCGGUAGGACAACCGGGUCGUCUCAAGAUUCGAGCGCAGCGGAAAAUGUGAUCGCGAACGAAGCUGCAACUUCUUCUACUACCGUGAUAAUUUAGCUUUUUUUAGGAAUUACUUUAUUCAAUUUAUUCUGGUCUUCUUAUUCUCAAUUUACGUAUGUCGCCUGAUGAUUUUUAAAAAAGGAUUCGUAUUCCGCUUUUCAGUGACCGUAGAACAUAUAAAAGAUUGCGGCGGGGAGGGCUUGGGCAAGUUAAAACUUAUUUUGUGUGGCGACAAACUGAAUUCCGAGAGAAGGAUGAUUUAUCAUAUUGGGAAUUUUUGAGCCCCUUAGACUAACCCCCCCCCCCCCUUCUGGAAAUGAUCUUUUUUUGUAAAAUGCAUAAUAAGUGUUUAAUAAUUUCACGUCUACCAUUAUAUCUAGAUUGAAACAUUUCCAAAAACGAUUUUAAAACACUUCUCACCUUAAGAAGUGUCUCAAACACCAUUUGACUGCCUGUACUUAAAGAUAAGUACAGAUAUAUUCGAUUAUAUCUUGGAGGAUAAAAAUGGAAAGUUAAUUGAUAUUCAAAAGUAUCGGAGCAAAAACCACACUAGCUAAUAUUUUCAGUCGAUACAAAUUUUAGGUCUCAUUGUUAUCUUUAAAAAUCCAGUCCCUUGAAUGGUGGCCGUUCUGGCGUCCAGUGUCGUCGUAAGUUGAACAUUCAUCCUUUUCUUUGGCACCUUAAAUUUACCUAGACGCUGGUUAUCUUUAACUUUUAUAGGUAGGUUAAUUUUUACAAACUACUUUUUUGCUUUUUUUGAUGUGGUCAAACAAACAGUAUUUUACACUGUAACAUUUAGCAAAGAAAACUAAUGAGAUUGUAAAGUUUUAUCGACAUUGUCAAUUUUUACUGAAAGCUUUUUCUAUUAAAAAGUCAUUUUGAAAAUAAAUUUCUAUUGCGUA